AUGGACAGGCUAAUUCAGAGUCUUUGGUUUUGCCGGUCCCUUUUCCCCGCAUUCUUCCCACUGCGGAUCUUUGACCAGCACUUUUGGGAUCAGUGGGACAGUGAAUUUUUUGCACCUUUCCACUCCCUGUUUUACUACCAACCUUAUUUCAGCCGUCAUCGAAGUUGGUGGGACACUGGCAUGUCAGAGGUAAAAAAAGGUAAAGACCACUUUGUAAUUAACUUGGAUGUGAAGCACUUCGACCCUGAAGAGCUGUCAGUCAAGAUCAGUGAUGAGUAUGUAAAUAUUUGUGGAAAACAUAAGGAGCGAGAGGACGAGCAAGGAUAUGUGGCAAGGGAGUUUUUCAGGAAGUAUAAGGUGCCAGCAGGAGUCGACUCAAAGACCUUCACCUCCUGUCUGUCAUCUGAUGGUGUACUGAGUAUCUGUGCUCCCCGGAACCUGCAGGAUCUUGCUGUGCGCAGCAUUCCUAUUACCUGUGAGGAGAAGGUUUCUGCACCAAGGUAAACCCCUGUCCAGAGGCUUCUAUCUCAUCUCAUUUACAUACUGCUUCUCUUACUGUUCAUCGUUCUAAUGGUUCACUUCUUCUGAAGCUACAGCCUAUACAAACAUACAUACACAUUUCAAAUAGAACUGACCUUAGCUUUCACUGGAAGAUAUUUAAUCCCCAAAUGCAAUUUAAUUGAAACCAUGUUGCUUUACAAUUCAAAUAAACAAUUCAGUGAAAAUAUGAAAGGCUAAAAAAAUCUUAGAGUGGUGAUUGCCAGAGUGCUUUGGACCCAACAUGUGGAAAUUACUGUAGUGUUCAAAGUAUUAUAGAGGCUUUGUAGAUUUGUAUGUCAGUCAAUUACAGUGUUUAAUGGCACUGCAGCACUAGCAACACUAUGCUCUUUAACUAAAUCAGUUCAAGUAAGGUCAGUUCUUGUACAAGCUAAAGGCAUAACU